UUUAUUUGGUUCUUUCGAGAAAAAAUCUAUCAGAGCUUUUAAGAGAAAAAAUGGAAUUCACCGCAGAGCAGCUAAGCCAAUACAACGGAACCGACGAAUCGAAGCCGAUCUACGUCGCAAUCAAAGGCCGUGUAUUUGAUGUCACCACCGGAAAAUCCUUCUACGGCUCCGGAGGCGAUUACGCGAUGUUCGCCGGAAAAGACGCGAGCAGAGCUUUGGGAAAGAUGAGUAAGAACGAAGAAGAUGUGUCUCCUUCUCUUGAAGGUCUCACUGAGAAAGAGAUCAAUACUCUUAAUGAUUGGGAGACCAAAUUUGAAGCUAAGUAUCCUGUCGUUGGCCGUGUUGUCUCUUAGGUCAAGAUCCUUGUCUUUUAUGAUUUGGAUUAUGUUAUGUAACUAUUGUGUGUGAGGAUCUUUGUGUUGUGUGUUUCUGAUAUCUUGCUUGUAUCUGAUCGUUUUGAUGACGAUUUUGAUACAAUAAACAUAAAAACCAAGUUAUCUAUGGAAUAAAUUGGUGAUUUCGUG